CAGUGAAACAGAAACUAAAAAGAGGACAGACACGAGUUUAAAUUAAUCCUGGAAGUCUGAAACCUUUACUGAAGCUUUCAUAUAGCAGAUUUUCUUUAAAUGGCUUCUGCCACAAGUCUAAUGACUGAUGAUAAUUUUUCUUGCUCCAUCUGUCUGGAUGUGUUCACUAAACCUGUAUCAAUUCCUUGUGGGCACACCUUUUGUCAUGAUUGCAUCACAAAACACUGGGAAACAGUUGAGCGUGUAUUUGAAUGUCCGCUGUGCAAAGAGACAUAUUACCAAAAGCCAACGCUCCGGGUCAACAUUUUUAUUGCUGACAUCUCAGAAAGGUUCAAAGACAUUGUGAAAAGGAAGGCAUCUUCACCCCUUCAAGAAGCAGAGGUUGGAAACGUGUUGUGUAAUUUGUGUGCAGAGCCAAAGUCCACUGCUGUAAAGUCUUGCUUAGUAUGUUUUAUGUCAUUCUGUAAAAAACAUCUCCAGCCUCAUCUAUUAUUACCCAAUUUACAGAGACAUAAGCUCAUCCAGCCAGUUAAUGACCUGCUAAGCAGGAUAUGCAAGACUCAUGGUGAACCUCUGGAGUUCUUUUGCAGGGUGGAUCAAAUCUGUCUUUGUUUGUCCUGCAAAAACAAAGAUCAUAAAACACACGAGGCAGUGACUUUUGAAGAGGAGGCAAAAAUAAGAAAAACCCGGCUGGAGAAAGAAAAGGAAAGCACUGAUAAAAUGAUCGAGGCACGUCAGCAAAACAUUUUUCACAUUCAAUGCUCGUUGGAAGGGAGCAGGAAUAAUGCAGAUGAAGCCCUGUCAUGCAAAAACCAUAUGAUAGCUGUUGUUACGGAUUACAUUUGCAGAAGCCAAAUUGAGCUGACUAACGUAAUCAAUACAAAGCUGCAAGGGAUUGAAAAAGAGGCGAAGGAUUUCAUUACGGAACUGGAGGCAGAAAUUAUGAAAAUAAAAAUGAAAAAAGAGCAACUUAAUAAAGCCUCAAUUGCAGAUGAUGACUUCACAUUUCUCGAGAAUGCCCUUUCUCUUACAGUAUCUUCACCCAAAGUGAAGGACUGGUCUGAUCUGAAACUUAACACUGACCAGUUUGCAAUUCAAGGUGCCAUAGCCGAGCUGCAGAUGUCAAUCACAAGCAAAAUAAAUUCACUGUGUGAUCCUACCUUUAGAGAGAAGCAGCAGUACGCUGUAGAUGUGACACUUGAUCCUGACACAGCACACCCUUUAUUGAAUGUUUCUGCAGAUGGGAAGCAAGUUGCCACUGAAAACCAAAAGAGAAAUAUUGAGAACAAACCAGAAAGGUUUGAUCAGGUCCUCAAUGUUCUGGCAAAAGAAGGCUUCACCUCUGGAAAAUCUUACUAUGAGGUACAGGUGAAAGGCAAAACUCAGUGGGACUUAGGAGUAGUGAGUGGGUCCAUCAACAGGAAGGGGGAUAUCAGACUAAGCCCAAAGAAUGGAUACUGGACCAUCUGGCUUAGAAAAGGAAAUGUGCUCACAGCCAAUGCUGACCCUGCUGUAAACCUGCCAAUGAGGCAGAUGCCUGAAAAGGUUGGAGUUUUUGUUGAUUAUGAGCAAGGUCAGGUUUCCUUUUAUGACGUGGAAGCGAGGGCAAUCAUCUUCUCUUUCACUGGAUACAACUUCAGCGAGAAGCUCUUUCCAUUCUUCAGUCCCUGCGUCAAUGACGGAGGUAAAAAUUCAGCUGCCUUGAUCAUCACACCUGUCACAAACAACUGCUGAGAGAUUGUUUUAGUUUGUGGACACAUUUUCUGACAGAUUACAAUUGUGCAACCCAGUUUUCAUUACACGAAUCCAUCUGUGGCAGUCUUGUAUACUAUAAUUUGAUGCAGUGUUUAUUUGUAAUGUAAAUGAACUCUAAAGGGUUAGCAGCAAUGACAUAAUGCCUCUAAAAGUGGAUCUGUGACACCAUAAGAGGAAAUAAAAGUCGUAUGCAGUAAAGUUGUUGUUUUGCUAUCAAAAUGUUCUGUGUUACUGUUUAUACCUUAAACUGCAGUGAUCUGUAAAAGCACUGUUACCAUGCAUGAUAUAGUUCUGUGACUGAUAUUCACCCAUUCAGAGCUUUAAUGUAACAAAGCACAAACAGAAUCAAAGAAAAAUUAUAAUUUGUGAUUCAGUUGCUCCAAAAUGGCCCUAAAUGGGAAUUCUCCUCUCAACAUAUUACUGUAAUGAAAAUCAGUUUGAUUUUGUUGGCCUUUUGUUAUAUUGCCUCUCUGCUUAGCUUUUUAAUUAUGUUUUUGAAAACAUUUAACUCAACAUGCUUUAGAAGAAUUUCAAUGAAAAAGGACAACUGGAUUAGUAAAAGGGACACUGCUGGAUGAUUUUCCAUUGAAACUUGGGAGCAAAAGAAAAAUGUUAUGUAUGUCUAUUAAUACAUUUUGUAUUUUAUGUUUGUGUGUUAUUUGUUCAUUUAAAGACUGAAAAUAUCCGUCUUCUGGAAAUCACAGCUUAUAUGGUCUUUUAAGAGGUUAGCAAUUGUUAAACUAUAACUCCAUUGUUUCCUAUUGUUAGAUUGUUUUGAAAAUUACUCGUUGGAUAUAAAUAAAAUCCUUACAAUAUUGUU